AUGAAAUAUAUCGUUAUUGUCGGAGGCCCCUGUGGCACAGGGAAGUCCACUGUAGCCCAUGAGUUGGCUCUUCACUAUAAAGACAGAAACAUUCUACGAGACGAGAAGGAAGUAUAUAUUGAGGGCGAUUCCUUCCAUUCACAUGCUAAUAUCGAGAAGAUGAGUUCUGGAAUACCGCUAACGGAUGAAGACAGAUUACCCUGGCUCAUCACUUUGGCACGGUAUUCUAGCCAACAGUUUACUAAAGAGAAUUCUGGUGAUAUUUGUUUCCUCUCAUGCUCUGCACUUAAGAAAAAAUACAGAGAUCUGCUCAUUCAAACAAUCACCAAGAUUAAUCCAGAUAUUCAUCCAAUUGUUAUUUUCCUCCAUGGAGAUCCCGAGGUACUCUACAAACGAGUCAGCGGGAGAAAAAACCACUUUAUGAAGCCCCAAAUGAUCAAAUCACAACUAGACACUACAGAGCCUCCAGACAGUUUUGAACUGUCUUGCAUCCCCAUUGAUACAACCAGUUACAGCACGAUAAAAGACGAGAUAGACGAUGUAAUCGGCCGCCUAAAUAAGUACCUAUAA